AUGAGUGCUCCAGCGCGCAUGCUUGGCGUCACGCCGCCGAUCAAGUCUGACCUUCCGACGAGGGAAGAGCUCGAUCGCACGGCGGCGUUGCUCGAGGAGCUUAAACGUCAAAAGACGGAGCAAGUUUUGAGCAGUCUCGAGAGCAUAUGCAACGAGUUCGUCAAGCGAGUCGCGCGAGAGAAGGAUCCCGAAAACGAACUCCUUAUCCGCAAUGCCAUCGGUCGAGUCUUCACGUACGGCAGUUACCGCCUCAAGGUGUAUGGUCCUGGUUCCGACAUUGACACACUCGUCGUGGCGCCGAGAUAUGUGAAUCGCGAAGACUACUUCAAGCACUUUCCAAAUCUGCUCCUAGAGAUGGCACCCGAAGGAGCCAUCACAGGCUUGACACCGGUGGAGGGUGCGUUUGUUCCAAUCAUCAAGUUCGAGUACUCUGGCAUCAGUAUCGACUUGAUAUUUUCGAGAAUCAUGCAGAAACAACUGUCACCCGAUCUCAACCUGAAGGACUCGUCGAUUCUUCGGGGUCUGGACGAGCAGGAACUGCGCUCCGUCAACGGCACACGCGUCACAGAUGAGAUCCUCGACCUGGUUCCUGAGUUGAGUACGUUCCGUACUGCCCUGCGAGCCAUCAAACUCUGGGCUCAGCGUAGAGCAGUGUACGCAAAUAUCAUGGGUUUCCCCGGGGGUGUUGCGUGGGCUAUGCUUGUCGCGCGUAUCUGCCAACUCUAUCCCAGAGCGACUGCUGCUGUAGUUGUGAACAGAUUCUUUGUCGUUAAAAACUUUGGCGACAGGAAGCACUUGAUGCCAAUCAUCACCCCGGCGUACCCUUCCAUGUGUGCCACUUUCAACGUCACACACUCGUCAAAGGCCGUCAUCCAACGUGAACUUGAACGCGGAUUUGAACUCACCGAAAAGAUCAUGACGAAGAAAGAGGAUUGGAAAACACUCUUUGACAAGCAUAUUUUCUUCACGCAAGGCUACAAACACUAUAUUUGCGUCAUAGCCACUAGCAGGAACAAGGAAGCGCACAAGCUGUGGUCGGGAUUGGUAGAAUCCAAAGUGCGCAUGCUCGUGCAGAAAUUAGAGGUCCACCGGUACAUUCAACUGGCACACGCCUUUGUCAAGGGCUAUGAGCGUCGCCAUAAGUGCCGUUCAUACGAGGAGAUUGAGCAGGUGCAAGAAAAUUGUCUGGACUACGUCGCAGGUCCCGAUGAACCGGAGAACCCUCCCGAAGAACCUGCCCAGCAGACCGUUGGCGAGAACGGGUUGGCCACAAAGGACAGUGCCUCGGUCACGAACGGAGAAGCCCAUGCUAUAAAGGCGGAUGCCCAACUCAACGGGACUGUGAGGAAGGAGGAGGACGAUGAUCAUCCGACAAACCACGACGCGCCAGCCCAGACAGCAAUGGCUGAUCCGGAAAUGGCAAACGGGCAAGGGACUGAAACUGUUGCCACUCCGGCACCAGCUCCCGCCGUCAAAGUCGAACCUCGACCCGACCGACCUCUGGACGUGUACACCAUGACGCACUACAUUGGACUCGAGCUGGCAAAAGAUACCAAGCAACUGGAUCUCGCAUACGAAACUAACGAGUUCCGUCGCCUGUGUGAGAGUUGGCCGAAAUACACCGAAGACCUGCAAGACCUGUCGACGGUGUCGGUCAAGCAUUGCCGGAACUUUGAUCUCCCCGACGACGUUUUCGAGCCAGGCGAGAAGAAGCCUGCCAAGAAGGGGAAGAAAGCCGGGGCUGCUAAAAGCACCCUUGGUGGUGUCAAACGCGAAGCUACGGAGGACCACUCUCAACCGCCGCCCGCCAAAAGGCAACAGUCCUCGCUCACGGCAGCGGGCUGA